GUGGUUCAGGUAUCAACCGCAGACAUACUGCUGGGAUGACACGGUGAACAAUUGUUUUUCGCUUUUAGGUUAGGUCACUGGCCGCCGGAUUAGUUUGUUUUUUCUCUCCUUUCUUUUAUUUAUCUGUCGUAUCACUCGUGGAUAGUUUUGCUUCCCGCUUUUUAUUCGGAGACGGAUUUCUGUCAUAAUGCGGAGAUCAGCCGCCGCGAUUUUGCUGCUGUCGCUUCUAAAAGCGUCGCUGUGCAUCCAGGUGAAUGUUCCUCAGCAGGAGCGCAGCACAACAUUGUUUGCCUCCAUCACCCUCCGAUGUGACUACUCCACCUCUGCCAACCUCCAAGAUGUCCUGCUCACUUGGAGGUUCAAGUCCUUCUGCAAGGACCCCAUCCUGGAGUACUACUCCGCAGCGUACCAGUCUGCACUACAGCUGGGACAGGACCCGGCCAACGACUGUCCAGACAGUCAGCGGACAAUGCGCACAGUGAUCCAGAAGAGAGGGAGCAGCGAGCCGACGCUGGGAUCAGAGUACCGCGAACGCAAGAUCACCAUCCAAAACAACGCGGACCUGGUGAUCACUGAGGUGAUGUGGUGGGACAACGGUGUGUACUUCUGCGCCGUCGAUGCUGCUGGGGACACGACCGGAGACUCUGACAAGGAAGUCAAACUCAUCGUUUACAACUGGUUAACGGUGUUGCUCAUGAUCAUCGGAGCCCUCCUUCUGAUCAUCCUCUUGGGGAUCUGCUGCUGCCAGUGCUGCCCUCAGAAAUGCUGCUGCUAUGUUCGCUGCCCCUGCUGCCCACAGCAAUGCUGCUGUCCGGAAAAAGUGGUGAUGCAGCAUCGCAUGAUGAGGGACGCCCAGAAGGCAAUGGCGCCCUGGAUGGGAGGACAGCCAGUGUAUGGACCAAUAAGCCGCAGCCCCUCCCAGAUUAACCCGUUGCUCUACGCAGGAUCUUCUUCAGGGACCAGCUACCCGAUGAAGCCCAUGCCCCUCCCCCCUCCUCAGUCUUCAGCUUACAGCAGGCCUGCGCCCAGUGGCCACGGCACACCCACCCCGGCCAACAAUCACAUGCUCGAUUACGUGGAGAACCAGGUGCGGGGGCUGGACAUGGCGACUCCUCUGCUACCGUCCCAGCCUCCUCUUCAGCACAUGCAGCACAUGCAGCACAUGCAGCACAUGCAGCACAUGCAGAACAUGCAGAACAUGCAGCACAUGCAGCACGUGCAGAACAUGCAGCAGAUGCCACCUCCCCAGCACAUGCUACACACCCCAUUUUCCCCCGGCCCUCCUAGUAUGAUCUCUGCCCUUGAAGAAGGCCCGACAGAGCGUCGCGUCAUCACACUUCCUCCUAUCAGAGAGCAGCCGCCGGCCAGAAGCCAACCACCCGCCCCCAGAACCCGGCCCCCGAGCUCCAGCGGCAGCAGCCGCAGCGGCUUUAGCCGUCGCGACGAAAGAGGGGAGGCGAGCAGGCGUUACCCCUCACCCACCCGGUCCAGAGGGGUUCCCAGGAGCUACAGCGAGGAGUCACUGGACGGGCACCGUCAGAGCGGGCCGAGAGGAGGCAUGGACCGCCCCCGCUCCCGCUCCAGGGACGACCUGUUUGACAGCAGGUCCAGAGAAAACUACUCUGCCCCAGCGUCACGGCACACCACGGGGGGGUCCUGGAGCUCGGACGAUGAGGGCAGCAGCAGGAGAGGAGGAGAAGGAGGAGGAGGGAGGAGAGGAGGCGGAGGCUUCGCUGAGAAACCUCCCAGCUACUCCGAGUACGAACCUGGACAGAAACCGGGAGCACGGAGGAACCAGCGCUACUCUGACAAGAGCUCACGCAGUGGCACCAGCAUCGUCAUCUGAGCCCUCCAGCUGUUACUGCCACCUCUGGUUCAGAGGACACCAACACAGAACUGGGAGACUUGUUGUCUGGCUACUGGUAAACUUUUGAAUGCCAAUAUUUUUCUGAGUUAAAGUGAAUUAUGAACACACUCUUUGAUCACAUGUUGUAAGUGGGAAGCUGGCUGAAGGAUUCACAAAAUGCGAGUUUGAAUGUGUUCAUCAAAGCAUGAAGGUUGCAAAGCAAAUAGCCAUGUUGAAACCUAUUUGGUAGCCAAUACAUUAUUAUUGUCAUUGUUCUUUUUUUUUAAUAUUGAAGGAAUGAAUCUCACUCUCUGCUGGUUCAUCAGUGCAAUAGGAAUCUGCAAACGAGUUUGGGACUAAAAUUGUGUGAAAUGUGCCGUUUAAUGAAUGUUUCUCCUAUUAAAGCUCUUGUAUGGCAGGAACACGGUUAAUAAGUGGCAAAGAAGUAAUGCACAACGCCAGUUAAAACAGGAUAAUUGUUAGCUUAGUGCUGCUGGAACUUCCAAAAUAUGAAUAGAAUCUUGUGAAUUAGCUUUUCUUAAAUAGUUAUGUAGGUUCUAAAAGGGGAAACGGUGUGUGUGUUUUUUAAAACUUUUUGUAAAUAAGAUUACACUCAAUAUUUACUUAAAUAACCGUAACAACUAUAUGUAAAUAAGUAUUUUGGCACAUUAAAUGAAGUAAUAUGCACAAUAUUACAGGCCCAAAAGCAUGUUUUUCUUUGCUCUUCAGAUUACGGUUGUUCGCUCUAAAAUGUAAUACUAUUUUAUAUAUAAAACUUACCAAGGUUCUUUUCCACAGCUUUUUGCGUGGAGUUCUAAUACUGCACUAAAAAUGUACAGUUACAUAUGCAUUAAAGAGGUUGUUUCCUCAGUUGAUGUUUUUUAAGGAUUUGUAUUGUUCUUUAUUAAUGUACAAUGUGCAGUCAAUUUGUGUUCAGUUCUCUUUUUAAAGAUAAAGUUCUACCUUGAAUACAAUAAAACGGUCCUUUGAUGU